AUGUUGCUUCCGACGUCCCUUCUACUUACCACCUUUCUAUCUAUCGCGUCCGCACAAUACGUCCUCGGCAGUCCCGUCGGUUCGUGCGCCGACGUACACUGCCCUGCGGCUCCUCCUGAUGGGAACAGUGUCGUAGGAGCAGAAUGCAAUGUCACCAACAGAACCUAUGAGAGGAUCAGGUUCAGAUCCUUCUCCACCGCCAUCCUCGAGGACAACAACAAUUUGACGUGGACACUCGCCGCCCAUCUCGACACAGACGUUCCCGUAGACGACCAAACCACAGAGAAAGACUUCUAUCUCGGCACCCCCUCCGUCUCUUGA